GACGGCGCUGAGGGGACGGCGCUGAGGGGACGGCGCUGAGGGGACGGCGGGGCCGCUCCGAUCGCCUUGUCCCGCCAGCCUUUCCCUGCGCUAUCAGCGCCCUCCCCCCGCCCCGCUCGCAGCCGCCUCCCUCACGGAGCUCGUGUGGGGAAGGGCCGGUGGAGCCGGUUCGCUCCCGGCCCCUUCCAACGCGCCCUUCCUUCGCUCCCCAGCGCGCAGAGCGCGUCUCCCUUCAAGCCUCGGCUCUGUCAUUUGUGGCUCAGUUUUUCCAGGGUGUAAUUCAUGUUCUCGCUGCUGAGUCCCCGUGGUUUUUAUUUAUUAGUACUUGCGUGGUGCUUACAGCGCGUUUUCCUCCCGUAGAAAGCACUGCUGUCGCCUCAAAAACAAGCUGGUGGCAGGCUGAAACCCACCCACAAUUUUUAAUUUUUUUUUUUUUUUCAUAAAAAACCGCUUCUGGUUCUGUCAUAAUCCAUUGAAGAAAAUGAAGUUUACCUGCCCAGCGAUGAGCUCUGGAUCUAUGACAUGGACAGUGGGCUGUGGACAAUGCACCUGAUGGAAGGGGAGUUACCCACCUCCAUGUCAGGCAGCUGUGGGGCCAGCAUCAAUGGGAAGCUGUACAUUUUUGGGGGAUUUGAUGAUAAAGGAUACAGCAAUCGGCUGUAUUACGUCAAUUUGAGAACAAAAACCGGAACCUACAGGUGGAAAAAAAUCACAAAUUUUAAAGGUCAACCUCCCACACCUCGUGAUAAACUUUCUUGCUGGGUGUACAAAAACAGGCUAAUUUAUUUUGGAGGUUAUGGCUGCAGGAAGCACAAUGAGCUCAGUGAUUGUUUCGAUGUCCACGAUGCAUUUUGGGAAGGACAGAUAUUCUGGGGAUGGCACAAUGAUGUUCAUGUUUUUGAUACAACCACACAGACUUGGUCUCAACCAACAAUUCGAGGUGGAGAUCCACCUCAGCCUCGAGCAGCUCACACAUGUGCUGUGCUGGGAAAUAAAGGGUACAUCUUUGGAGGACGAGUGCUGCAAACCAGAAUGAAUGAUUUGCACUGCCUGAAUUUAGACACUUGGACUUGGUCUGGAAGGAUUAAUAUCAGUGGAGAGAAGCCCAGAGAUCGCUCCUGGCACACGCUGACCCCCAUAGGGGAUGACAGACUUUUCCUUUUUGGUGGACUAAGCUCUGAUAAUGUUCCUCUGAGUGAUGGUUGGAUCCACAGCAUUGCAACAAAUGGAUGGAAGCAGCUCACCCAUCUGCCCAAGAGCAGGCCCAGGUUGUGGCACACAGCCUGCCUUGGGCAGGAGGGAGAAGUGAUGGUGUUUGGGGGCAGCAAAGAUGAUUUGCUUUUUAUGGACACGGGUCACUGCAGUGACUUGCUGAUAUUUCAGACUCAGCCUUACUCCCUGCUCAGGCUGUGUCUUGACUGCAUUGGGAAGAACGCAGCUCUCUUGGAGAAGCAAAUUCCCUGCUUGCCAUCCAAACUUCUGCAGGAAGUGCUGAAAAAAAUCACUUUUUGGGCUGCCAUGACCCACAGGCAGGAGAGGAAAGCUGAGACUGAGAGACAAAGCCAGCUGCACUCCACAUGAGGCAGGGCAGGGAGCUGCUGGGACACCUCAGAGGGGUUUGUCCAUGAGCUCUGUGCUGUUCCCCUGCAGCUCUGUGUUCAGCUGGGUUUCUGAGGGAAGUUUGACAACAAAUCCUUUUCAUGGGAAUCUCGUUUCCUGCGUUACGGAAAACUGAUACAACUUCAUUUCUAGAUAAUUGUUCACCUUUGCUCUCAUGGUUUUGACCACACAGCCCUCACAACCUUUUGUUCUUUUGGAAGGGGAUGUUGAUCCAUUUCAGCUGGGUAAAACAUGGUUUAAGUCUAAAAAUCCUCCUUGGCCUUACACCCAUCAGCCUUCCCAAAAAGAUAAAUUCACCUCGGUGUCUUGGGGACAUUCACACUUUGUCAGUUUUAACAAAUUUACCACCACCAAAUGUUGGUUUCACCAGGCUCUGACCAAAAUCCGACCCUGGAGCCCCACACCUCACACUCCAAGUAGGAAAAUCCAGCAGGGAAUUGUGGAACUUGGAAGAAAAAGCUGCAACAUCACCUGGUCUCUGUAGGAAAACUUCAGUUCAUCACCUGGUUUUACUGUUUCUGCCAUCAGGAAGUCCUUUUGGAAAUAAGUUGUAUAUUGUAUUUUGGAUGUGCAAAGUUUAUAUUUCAUUCUUGUUAAAAAAACAACAACAACAACAACAAAGUUGCUUAUUUAUUGUUUUAAAAAAAGAGCAAAUGUA